UUCUAGCUUAGUAUGCAAGUGUUUUGGACGAUAUCUGGCCGUUUUCGGCCUCUAUUAUUUUAACUAUAGGUAGUACAAUCGACAGUGUGCUAUCAGCUCCACGGUCAUAGGUUUGUGUAGAAUUUAACCCAGUGUAAAACCCAUAUCAUAAGCCUUCCGAGUAACGUUAAGAUGCCGUCCACUUCGUUGGAAGGAUCAUCUCAAGAAGGUGACCUGUUUACUGUGAAGCACGAGCUAAAAAAUACCAACCUCACAGGUCACGUGGAGAGAGUCGGCAUUGAGAAUUUCGAGCUCCUGAAAGUCCUCGGCACUGGAGCGUAUGGCAAGGUGUUCUUGGUGAGGAAAGUGAGUGGCCAUGACGCGGGGAAGCUGUACGCCAUGAAGGUGCUGAAGAAGGCCACCAUCAUCCAGAAAGCCAAGACGGCGGAACACACACGCACCGAGCGCCACGUGCUGGAGCACAUCCGCCAGUCGCCCUUCCUCGUCACCCUCCACUACGCCUUCCAGACAGACACCAAGCUCCACCUCAUCCUGGAUUAUGUGAACGGAGGGGAGCUCUUCACACACCUGGUCCAGAGUGUCCACUUCAAAGAGCAGGAGGUGGCGCUGUACAGCGGCGAGAUCGUGUUGGCCCUGGAGCAUCUGCACAAGCUGGGGAUUGUGUACCGGGACUUGAAGCUGGAGAACAUCCUCUUGGACUCCCAUGGACACAUCGUCCUCACAGACUUCGGGCUUAGCAAAGAGUUCCACGAAGUGGAGCGAGCGUACUCUGUGUGUGGGACCAUCGAAUACAUGGCCCCAGAGAUUGUGGAGGGAGGAGAAUCAGGCCACGACAAGGCAGUGGACUGGUGGAGUUUGGGUGUGCUGAUGUAUGAGCUGCUGACGGGAGGCUCCCCCUUCACUGUGGACGGAGAUGAGAACUCCCACUCCGACAUCGCCAAGCGCAUCCUCAAGAAGGAGCCUCCGUUCCCCAAGGACAUGAGUCCCCUGGCCAAAGACAUCAUGCAGAGGUUCCUCGUCAAAGACCCAAAGAAGAGGCUGGGCUCGGGGCCCUCAGGGGCCCAGGCGGUGAAGAGUCACCCUUUCUACCAGAAAAUCAAUUGGGAAGAUCUUGCAGCAAAGAAGGUUCCGGCUCCCUUCAAGCCUGUGAUCCGGGAUGAGCUGGAUGUCAGCAACUUUGCCGAGGAGUUCACGGAGAUGGAUCCCACCUACUCCCCAGCAGCCCUGCCACAGAACUGUGGCCGCAUCUUCCAGGGCUACUCGUUCAUGAGUCCCUCCAUCCUGUUCAAGAGGAACGUGGUGAUGGACGACCCCAUCCAGCUGUGUGGAGGAGCGGACAGGCCGGGCUCGGCUGCUGUGGCCCGCAGCGCCAUGAUGAAGGACUCGCCGUUCUACCUGAACUAUGAGGUGGACCUGAAGGAGUCGGCUCUGGGCGAAGGCAGCUUCUCCAUCUGCAGGCGGUGCACCCACAAGAAGACGGGGCAGAGCUACGCCGUCAAGAUCGUCAGUAAGAGGAUGGAGGCUCAGUCGCAGAAGGAGAUAGCAGCUCUGAAAUUGUGCGAUGGGCAUCCGAACAUCGUCAAGCUGCAUGAAAUUUACCACGACCAGCUGCACACGUACCUGGUGCUGGAGCUGCUGCGGGGAGGGGAGCUGCUGGAGCGUAUCCGGCGGAAGCAGCACUUCAGCGAGACGGAGGCCAGCCGCAUCAUGAGACGCCUGGUGUCCGCCGUCAGCCACAUGCACGACGUCGGCGUGGUGCACCGAGACCUCAAGCCUGAGAACUUGCUGUUUACGGAUGACUGUGAGCACUCUGAGAUCAAGGUGAUCGACUUUGGCUUCGCCCGGCUCAAGCCCCCCGACAACCAGCUGCUGAAGACGCCCUGCUUCACCCUGCAGUACGCCGCGCCGGAGAUCCUCACCUACGACGGCUACGACGAGUCCUGCGACCUCUGGAGCCUAGGGGUCAUCCUGUACACGAUGCUGUCGGGCCAGGUGCCCUUCCAGUGCCAGGAGAAGAGCUUGACCCACACGAGCGCCGAGGAGAUCAUGAGGAAGAUUAAGCAGGGCGACUUCUCUUUCGAGGGGGAGGCCUGGAAGAGCGUCUCCCAGCAGGCCAAGGACCUGAUCCAAGAGCUCCUGACGGUGGACCCAAACAAGCGGAUAAAGAUGUGCGGCCUGCGCUACAACGCCUGGCUGCAGGACGACAGCCAGCUCUCGUCCAACCCCCUCAUGACGCCGGACAUCCUGGGCUCGUCUACCGCCUCGGUGCACACCUGCGUUAAAGUCACCUUCAACGCCUUCAACAAGGUGAAGCGUCAGGGCUUCCGGCUGCAGACGGUGGACAAGGCGCCGCUGGCCAAGCGCCGCAAGAUGAAGAAGACGAGCACGAGCACGGACACGCGCAGCAGCUCCAGCGAGAGCACGCACUCCUCCUCCUCCUCCUCGCAGUCCCAGGACAAGCACUCCCCCGCCGCUACCGCUACCGCCGCCACCGCCACGGGGCUCGCCGACGGAGCAGCCGAGUCCGCGCCUCGCCCUUCCACCAGCACGCCGCUGGCUCUCUGCCCCGAGGAGGAGACGGCGUCGCUGGGGAAAUAUGAAGAGGAGGAGGAGGAGGAAGAGGAGGAGGAGGAGGAGGAAGGGCGAGGGUGUCACCAGCCUACACCGCUCUGAGCGAGGUCUUCCAGCAUGGGUUCUGGUAACCGCAGCAGGGCUUUUUCUUUUCCCUCAGACGGGGUGGGGGUGUCCCCCCCGUCCCCCCCGGGGACCGACCGCCCGGCCCCACCCUCCUUAACCUCCAUAGUAGAAACCUCGACUGCAUGCACUGUCGCCUCCAGCCAGCAUGCAUGAACAUGCACACGCCUCCCUGCAAAAACCACAAACGAAAAAAAAAACUAACAAAAAAACAAAACAAUAGCAAAACGACAAAAACAAAAAAGCAAAACACAUCGCACAGGUCAAGCGCAUGCCAGGAGCCGGAGUCUCCCACGCUUCGUUCACCUUUAGCAAUAGGCUCGUUUUUCCACCGGCAGACUGAAUGGUUCCACGCACGUUGCUGCAGAAUCGGACUGCGCGUGGCGCUGUUUUCCUUGGCACCGUUUGGUUUUUCCUCGAGGCGUGUAAAGCUGUUCGCCGAUCGGUUACCUCCUCUUGUGCGUGUUUGUUGUCAGCCAUUGGUGUUGAGCGAAGACGGCGACAGAUCGAAAGACCAAAACGAGUUCAAAACACAGCUACGGUUCAUCGCGGUGUCAGUCUUUCUUGAGUGAGGAACAAAGGAGAUGAGUGUGCUGUGGUACACAGGGGACAGGCAGCUGACCCAGUGGGUCCUGCCGUCAGAUUUUUUUUAAAAAGGUACUUGCAGCACAACCGAGGGACACAAAGGUACGGUCGUAACCGUACCCACAAUUCCGUAUUGGUGUGGCGUUAGUGGUACGACACCGGCGCCGUAGUAACCAUUCAGGCCGUGGUGGAAAUGUUAGAGCUAAUAAUAUCAGGCCAGACCACUCCAACAGUGACUUUUUCAUCAGGGAAACGUGUCCGUGUGUGUUCUGCGUUAUGCUACGUGGUUGCGUAUACGCGCCUGUGUGUGAGUACGCCUGUGUGUCUGUGCCCAGCAGCAUGUUAUAAAGGGCUGCUGUUGCACGUGUGGCGGCGCAGAGGCAAGUUGUCGCAACGCCAUCCUUUCACCUUGGCCGUGUGUGUGAGAGUGCCAGGUGGCACGAGUAAGGGUCCACACACACACACACACACACACACACACACACACACAAACAGGAUCAGCUAAUUAAAUGGAAAGGCUGAUUUGGAGAUCAAAAAGGGAUGAAAACGAUUAGGAGUAAAGUGAUUUCUGCUGUGCUUUUCUGGACAGCACAGAGCGCUAGUAACUUUUCUAGCCAAGGAAAACGUGUACAGAAAGGAAAAUGGCAUAUUUAUUGAAGAUUUCUAUACGAAGAGAGUUUUUUAUAUGAUGACAAUUGUUACAUGUGUUAACUUAUAUCUGUGGUAUACUUGGCAUAUCUCUUUGUUUUGAGGGGGGGGGGGCCUUUGUGAAAUGUUGAAAAAAAAUUAAGGUUUUAUUUUUCAAAAUAAUGUUUUAGAUUGUGCCCUAUAUGUGCCAUAAUAUUUAAUAUUUACCUGAUCCAUUAUGUCAGUGAGUUUAGUCUUUUUAACUGAAAAUGUUUUAGGGUGUUUAUGUAAAAACCAUGUGCGAGUACGUCUACACAAGUUUACACAUACAUUCAUUAUUUUAGUGACGUCACAACCAUAGUGAAAUGAUGUGCUCGACUUGUCUGAUAUUUGUUUGUUGUUUCAAUGUGAUUUUUUCUAUGCAGAAUGCAAUCUAUGCCCUUGAAUUUCACAUCAAAAUCUGUCAAGACCUUUCCAGAAAGCAAAAAUAUUUGUUCUGAACUGUUAUGUGUCCAUUGACAAAAGAGACAGCGAGUUGGCAGUAGUCAUUUGCCUGACUAACCCGUGUCCAGUGACCCAUAUGUGAGUGUAUCUGUACUUCCUCAGUUGGCUUUGGGGAGGGGGAUAUCUUAGCCAGAGACAAAAUGAUGUUGGAUGGGGUUGGGCUGAAAUGACUGGGUGGGGUCCUCUCCCUAGAAAAUCUUGGAGAUGUCUGUUUUGUUCUCAUCAGCCAAAACGUUCGAACCUCUGUGAUGUCUGGCCUGUGUGGCCUUGGAUAUGCCAUGAGGGGACGUGAAAGGGGACAAACGGUUGGUCAGUGGCGGUUGGUCAGUGGUGGACGGUCAGUCUAGACUAUAAGGUGUCCUAUUGGCAUGGUCAGAUGUGGCUGUUGAAGUAGUAUGUUACUUGCUAAUUAAUGGCUGCUCAGAUGUUGACGUAUUCCUCCACGUGAUUCACAUGUCGUUCCUGUGGGUAAGACCCAAAUUGACUUUAGCACUCUUUUUUUUCCCUCACCAUGCUGGUGUCCAGCUCUGAGGGACGGCUGUGUCCGUGUGGCUAAUUCAGCUCGCUGCUCUUGGUUUGAUGGGAUACAGCAUUACCCUUCCAAGGUCAUCUACUCCCUGCCAGUACCAUGGCGUAGCCGCAAGCUUCAUGGUGAUUGCACUAAUUGCAUUGAAUCCACUCUGCAUAUCAUGGCUGGUGGGUCUGAAGCACUACCAAACGCAUGUAACCCUGACCUUGACCAAGCCCUGAGAGUUGAGUGAUGUCUUCUUUGUGGCGGUUGGACCCAGUGAGUGCAAUAGAACGAUCCAGCUUUAGCGUGUGCACCUCUAAGCACUGGCAUGUGCUUUUGGCGAUCGAGCCUUGUCUGUAGCUGCCCUCACGCUCCAGAACAGUCGACCAGCUGACGUCUCUGGACAGCCUACAACGUUUUUUUGUUGUAAAUCUAAAUGUUUGUGAAGCGAGCUUGGACACCCUGAAAGGCGUUGCGUAAAUCUCAAGUUCUUAUUAUUUAUUAGCGUUGGUAAAUGGGGUCCAGUGGUUUGCGGAGCUGCUGGGGCGCUCUCGGAUGGGGGGGGAGAGUUGGGGAGAGUUGGGGAGGAAUUUCGCCCCGGUGUGAGGAGGACGUGCGAGAUCAGCGGACACUGCUGUGUGUAAACCGUUUGUCUGCCAGCGACCUCCGCAUGAUCACCACCAUCUGAUACCUACAUCAACAUGUGCUCUCCUAUAAGGACACACACACACACACACACACACACACACACACACACACACACCUCUCUCUCCUUUUUUUUUCGCUCGCUCACACACUCUGGCUGCCCACCCGCAGUCACUUGUGCUGCCUCCUCCUCCUCUGCGUGUAAUAAUAGAACAGAGAGGGAGUUUGAGGAGAGCUGGAGAGGGCCGACGUGUCCUACGCUGAACCUUCCUCCAGGGAUAGCCAGCCUUUGUUUAUCCCUCCCUGUGUGUGUGUGUGUGUGUGUGUGUGUGUGUGUGUGUGUGUGUGUGUGUGUGUGUGAGUCUGUGUGUGAGUCUGUGUAUUUGUCUGCGUGUACUCUCGAAAACUAUCCAGUUCAGUAGAUUUCCACUCAUUAACGCGCAGAGCGUGUCCUUAUUCCAAGCCCUUAUUCAUAAUAGCUGUGUGUACCCUUUUCAGUGAGUCCAAUAUCAAAGCAGGACUAUUUGGCCUGACCCCUCCCUACCUUGCUGUGAGUCAGUGCCCUUUACUGCCUGUGCCAUAGAGAGGGGAAUGUUCCCCAGGCUUCUCAGCCAUCCAGAAGUUAUUAGAAUUAUGCAAUUGACCCUUUGCCUAGACUUAUAACUAGGAUUCUGCUCUUGUCUUUCUGUCGGUUCUAUUUAUGUUUGUACGUGUGUGUGUUAACUCUGUUGGCUAUUGUGUUGUGUUUUUGAGGGUUUACGCUUGUUGGUUAGUUUCAAAGGCAGUUUCCUCUAGUUGGGGUAUUUCAUGAUAUGUAGAGCAUGGUUGAGUUGCGGUUUUUGCGCCAGCUUGUCGGUGACCCCAUUCUCCAGACUCGAAAGCCUCUGAGUUCUACCGAUGAUGGCGGUGUGGCUGUACGACGUGGCCAUUCGGAACGGUGGAGUUCUCGCUUUUAUUGCUCGCCAGGCCACGUUGCUGGAGAGGGCAGAGUUGUAGUGGCUUCCUGUCUUUGUAACGGAGUAUUUUCUGAUGCAUGUCUCAUGGGGUCACGUUUGGUUGCGUGCUCUGUGAAGGCACAUUAUACGGGCGACAGCAGAUCAUCUCCCGUUAGGCUCACUCUUCUUUGACAGUGGUCGGGGGGACGGGGGGGACGGAGAGGGGUCUUUUUACAUGUGCAGUGUGUGUGUGUGUCCCAGUGUGUUUAAUUGAAAUAACGCAUCGUUUUUUGACUCGGCUUGUGUUCGUGUGCUGCAGCUGUGAGUUCUCCUGUGCGUGUGCAGACUGUGCGCACGGCAAAAGCCUUUCUUAGAGUCGGAGAGUGACCUACUGAGCAUGCUCCAAGUCUUUGCCUAAGGCUGGGUUCACUUUGUGGCAAGAUGAGCAAAACAACAAAAAAGCUAGAACCUCACAUCAAACAAUGCAAUGCACAGCUUUAAACUUUAUUUACACACAGAGCAUGGACACCCACAACCCUCCCACCCCUCCACACACACAUACACACACACAUACAUACACACAUACACACACACACACACACACACACACACACACACACACACACACACACACACACACACACACACACACACACACACACACACACGCUAGUCUUGAUUUCUAUUACUGGCUGUCUUUUUUUCUGCACCACUGUGAGGACCUCGUGGUUGAUCUUCAAAAACCAAAACGUUCAAUUUCAAGUAAGCUCUGGUGCUUAGACGCAUGCUCCAUCCGCGGGCCGAGAAACGUGGUCCACGGUGGAGAGGUGCAUGACCGUAGAGUAGUGUGCAGCAGUGGCAUGAUGUCAGAUGUACAGUGUUUUGGUCUCAAGGUUUUCCAACGUAAGAUGUUUUUAGAUGGUUCUUCAGUUAGGGGGCGAGGGGAGCCUUCUAGAGGUAUGUGAGAGCAUUUCAGUGAACCACCAGGGGGCAGUAUUGACCCAAUUUUCAGCAGGCAGAGAUCUCUGAUCUUGAGCACCAUCACUACCCACUGUGCAGCAUUAGCAAGCGAGAUACAUAUGCAUUUAAAAUGAGAAAAGGAAAAUAGCUUUCACAUGAACUUAUUUUAUUAUUAUUGUUAUUAUUAUUAUUAUUAUUAUUUUGAUGUUGUCAUCUAGCUGGGCUAGAGGUCAAAAUUGUAUAUAAACAUAUUGGUAUUUGAAAGAGUUGUGAGUAGUUAUUGACACUGCACAAUAUGUUCUGUGUUAACUCAUAGGAUGGUGUGUAAUUUCCUUUAUGUCUACGUUUUAUUUUGUAAAUGUUUAAAUUUAUGAAAACUAUAAUAAAUAAGAGGGAUCAUGGAUCUCAUCAAUGUAGACAUGUUAGGUUUUAUUGCUAUUUCUGUGAGUGUGUACGUAUGUGUGUGUUUUGUCAAAGAUGAAUUCUGAUGCAAAAUCAUUGAGUUGUUGCACAGGAGUGAGUGGGAUGCAAUGGAGUGGAAUUUUCUCCACUCUCACAAGGACUUAAGUCAUGAAGCACUCCUCUUUGUAAACAGGUCCUGUUUGGGCUACGAAUUGUGUUUGCAUUUUUUUGCUUGAUAUGUGAAUAAAUAUAUAUGUUCAAGUUGCUCAUAGGAAUAAAAAAAAAAAUAAGGGCUUUAAAGUUUUAAAAAACGUUUUUAUCCUGAAAAAUGUUACAUUGCUGAUGUAUUGUCACAAUUUAAAAAAUAAAAUUUAU